AUGGAAACCACAGCAUCCUUAAGCUUGGAAAUCUCAAUGACUCAAUCCCCAGAAAUCUCUGAUAAGGGAUCAAAUGAGACGAACACUGCUAGUCCCUGCAAAAGAUGGAAAAGGAAGCCAAUCCCUAAGAUAGAACAAGCCAAUAACCCCAUCACAACCUCAAAAUCAACCACCUCUAAAAGACAGCUCACCAAUGAAGAGGACAUAUCAGACCAACUAUCUCAAGACACGCAGCAGCAACUCAAAAAGCAAAAGACCAAUGACUCAGGGACUGUUAGUAGAAAAUUAGGAUUGGGAGAUAGAUGGUCUGCUUUUGAUCCUGAGGGUAAAAGUGGGGGGCUUCUACUCCUUUGGGAUGAAAAUGUGCAUAUAUUUCAGAUCAAGAAGAAUUCCUUCUGCUUCCAAGUGGAAUUCUGGGAUGAAUCUAAGGACAAAACCUGCUGGGCCAUUUUCUUAUAUGCAAGCACAAACAACAACACAAGACAAGAGCAAUGGAACUUCUUGUUGCAAGAGCAAGUUAAUUGGGGAGACUAUUGGUUCGCUGGAGGGGACUGGAAUGACACUACAUGCCCAGAAGAAAAGAAAGGAGGCAGACCAAGAUCCCUAAACUCUUUCAGUAGCUUCAAUGGCUUCAUCUCCCUUAUGGGUAUGCAUGACCUGGGGAUCCAAGGACACAAAUUUACAUGGGCCAAUAACAGGCAAGAUGAAGGCUUUGUGGAAGAACAACUGGAUAGAGUAUUCUGCUCUCUUGGCUGGCUCUCCCUCUAUAGUAAUCCAGUGGUCGCAAACAUUUUUUUGAGCUCCUCCGAUCAUGGGAUGCUCAUCUUAAACUCCAACAAUGAACAACAAAGCAAAAAAAAGAGAUUCAUAUUCGACCAAAGGUGGAUUCAAAGAGAAGGGUUUGAGGAAGUGGUCAAGAAAGCUUGGAGCUAUUUUCAGAUGGGCACACCUAUGUUCUGCUUCCAACAGAAAAUUAAAGCAGUUAGAAUGGAUCUGCUCAAGUGGAGCUGCAACUUCAGAACUGAAAAUGCUAAAAAGAUUGCAAGCCUUCACAAAAAGCUGACAGAACUGAGAUGGGAAGGGGGUCUUAGGGAUUGGAAAUUAUGGGAUGACAUUCAAAAUCAACUCAAUUAG